AAGUGACUUUAUCAUUUAAGUGUUAAAUAUGUUAUUUGUUUCCUUCAGUAUAUGAAAAUAAGCUCACAGAAACAUCUGCAGUGGAUUUAUCUAAAAUAUCUAAAGUCUAUUAAAAAAAACACCCAAAAAAACAAUAUUUUUGUCUUACUCUGGAAGACUGGAAGACAGCAUUUUUAUCUUAUUUACUCUAAUUUUCGAUGAAAUUUCAUCACCUAUAAUUUACUUUUUGUAGCAAAUUUCAAGUAGUUUUUAGUGAGUUAUUUCAGAAAAACUUGAGAUUUUAUCCAUCCAUCCGUCCUUCCAUCGAUACAGGGUGUCGAUGUUCACAACGCCUCUGAAUCCUAUUCUUUAUGUUUUAUACCGUGCCCAUUAAGUAAACACUCGCAUGUGAACAAAUUAAAUAAAAAACCUGCAUUUGGACAAUCUAACUUCUUCAAUAUGCCGGAAGGACCAGAAUUACAUCUUGCAAGUAGAUUCAUUAAUAAUGUUUGUAAAGGUAGACUUUUUGGAAAGAUCUUGAAGUCGGAUAUCAGCAAAAACCCAGUCGUGCACCCGCCAGCAGAACGUUACACAAUCACGGCCUCGUCCCGCGGGAAGGAAAUCAAAGUAACGCUCAAGGACGCCACGAACAGUCUAACAGAAAGUAAAGACAAAUUCCUGAAUACCCAGACAAAAUCUCUUGAUAUAUUGUUUACUUUCGGUUUGGCAGGAAAGUUUGAUUUCCAAGAAGCAACUGAAUUGCAGAAACAUGCACAUCUGAACUUCUUUACCCGUGACUCUGGGCCAGAGAUGGUCUUAAGUUUUGUUGAUUAUAUGAGAUUCGGAAAGUGGAGCCCAGGCGCUGACUUCUCACUCAAGGAACGAGGACCGUGUGUUCUAUUUGAUUACAUAAACUUCAGGAACAACGUUUUUCAGAACCUCGAGGCUUCAGCAUUCAACAAACCAAUAUGUGAGGUCCUGCUCAACCAGAAGUACUUCAAUGGUAUUGGUAAUUAUCUAAGAGCAGAAAUUCUACACAGAGCCAAGAUUCCUCCAUUUGUGUCAGCACGUAGUGUGUUAGAGCCACUAGCACAGAAUGAAAGUACAGUAAAAUCAGAGACUCCAGACAUCCUGCAGUUGUGCCAUUUAUUACCACAGGAAGUUGUUACACUUGAAAGCUCAUGGUAUGAUGGGAAGGAUAGGUCAGAUGAGAGUAAUUCUUUCAAUGCCUGGUUACAGUGCUAUUAUCAGGAUGGGAUGAAAAACAUUGCUGACCAUAACAAGAGAACUAUAUGGUACUCUGGGCCACUUGGUCCAUUAGCACCUAAAGAAGGUAAAGUAAGAGCAAGAAAAACAACAAAGUCAAAGAAAAAAUCUGCUGAAAGUAAGGAAGACAAAGAUCAGGCUAAUAAGAAGAAGACAACAAAAAGGACAAAGAAGGAUGUUGCUGAAGACAACAUUAAUGAAGAUGCUGCACCAACAAACAGCAAAAAAUCCAGAAAAACUAAAUCUGCCAGUUCGAAGGUGAAACAUGCGAGUGAAGAAAAAACAGGAAAUGAAGUCUUAACUAAUGAGAAAAAUGGAAGGAAAGAAAGAGUAAGAGCAAAAGACAAGAAAUCUGUCAAACAUAAAGAUGAUAAUAUUUCAUGUAAUGGAGAUCUAUCUGAGGCUUUGAAUACCAGUCUUCAGACAGGUAGACUCACCAGAGGUAGGAUAAAACAGAUUGUUGAAACAAUUGAAAAUAUUUCUGAAAAUAAAACCGGUGGAAAGAAGAAAACAGGGAUUAAAAGGGAGAAUGUUUCCAUAAAAUCUGAGGGCACGGGCAAAGCUAAAGAAGAAGACCUUGGAGUGAAGGAUGGUAAUAGAGAGACACUCAAAAAAGAGGACAGCUUAUUAUCUCAAGACAUUGUGAAAACUGAAGGACAAAAUGGAGUUGACACUGAAGUUCAUGAAACUGUUGUGCUGUCUGCAAGGACAAAGUCAAGGGCAAGAGCAGGAAGGCCAUUGAAUAAUGGUGCUGCAUACCUGCACAGUAGUAAAAUUACACCGAAGGAGAAGUUAAAAAAUACAAGAAAAAAGUCAUUAAAAAGAUUGUCAACUAGCUAGAGGUGUGACAGAAGUUGGAUAAAUUACGUGUAUGCUGAAGAAGAAAAUGAUAUAAAAUAGCAUAUAUAAUGUACAUACGAACAACAUUAUUCCAAGAAGAGAAAACCUCAAGGUGAAACAGAAUUUAGAUUUAACGUGUUACUUGCAGUACCGGUGGAUACAGUAUGAUUAUGUUAUGGCACACUACAACAGAUACAAAAAGAAGGAUUAUCACUCAUAAAACAUUUAUAUGAAGCAGUUAGCGGAAAACAGUGAUACAUCUGGCCAAAAUGCCUUUCUGCCAUUAUGCCCAGAAUCAAGGAAAUAAAAACAGCAUGGGUGCAGGUGAAGACUGCUUUCAAUUGGUCAUCACAGGUGUAGUUUCUGAUGAGAAUGUUUCACUCAGAACUGUUUACUUGUGGAAAGAAAGUUGUUCACCAAUGUGAGUAAUGCUUGUUAAUAAUUUGAAACCAAAAGCUACCUCAGAGACUGACAUUUAUAUCUUACAGAUGAUUUCUGGAGGACAAAUAUUUUCUGUUGUUUUGUUUCUUCUGUGCAGUGUCUUUUUUUAUUGUUUUCCAUUAUCACAUUAUUAAAGUUGAUAAAAAUCAAAUGGAAGUGAAGUGGGGACUUUCAGAUAUCAGGUGACCAGUCAACUAAAACUGUUCUCAAGCCAUUUUACAGUAGUCACGGUAUCAAAGCACACUUGUACCAAACAUGUCUUACAGUUUUACUUUGUAGUCUGAUAUCAGAAUGUUCAACUUUUUUCAGGUCUUGAGGGUGGGAAACAUGACUUUACUUAUGUACUACAGAACUACUUGUUCUAUCAGUAUCAGUGACAAUUGCACUUUAUUGCAUGGCAAAAUUUCAGCUGUAUGGUCAGAAGAACAAACUGGUUCCUUUGGCAUAUAAAAGGGAGCUCAUAUCUGUUAAGAGCUAUUACUGGAAAUUCUUAUAUCGUUCUGCAAAACAAAAAUACAACUUUGCCUUUUGUUACCAAAAAUAAGUAUGUAGGUAUGAAAAGAAAUGUCUUUUUUUUGUGUAAGCUAAACGAAAGCAGGACUUGAUCCAUUCGCCUUAAAUAUUCAACAAGAAAGUGAAGCUUUUCAAGAAAACAAAGUUUAGCUUAUAUUCUGACAAACAAAAUGGGCACUUAUAAAUUAACUUUAUGUAAACUCAAACCUGCAGUUAUUUCUUUGUGAAAAUACACCGGGUAGUUGUAUUGAUUAUAUAUAUUUACUUAUUCACUUAUUUGUUUAUACUAUAUAUAGUUUUGAAUGAGUCAAUAAUUAAGAUAAUCCCUUUUAAAAUGGUAUUCAAAAGGUUAUGUUAUUUAUGUGUUUAUGUCAGUUUAAGAUGUAUUUUAUCUUUCAUAGAAUAGCUGUACUGUAAAAAUGAAGAACUUAACAAAUCUUUCAGCUUAUGGUAUGUAGACAUGCCUGGAAAAUGCCUUGACUGUUUAAAGUUAUGGAACCAAGCUAGCGGUACCACAGUUGUUGAUCUGUAAUAUAAAAAAAAGCUAAAGGGAAACCCAGGCUUAAAUUCAAGAUAAAGAUGUACAUGUAGUUAGACCAGUUAGCUCAGUAAAUAGAGCAGAAAGACUUCAAUAAAGGGAGUUUGAAUCCCAGACAAGUUAUAUUUUCAGUUUUGACCGACUGAACAGACCAUAUCAUAAGUUUAUUCAUUUUAUGUGCUGAAGUUGUCCAUAACUUGCCAGAAAAACAGUAAAUUAAACCAUUCUUGUUAACAUUUUGAUAUUUCCCAUGUCACACUUUGUUUGGGUAAAAAACUAUACUAUUCUUAAGGUUAUUGUUUUUUAAAUCGGCUUUAAUCGAGUUGUGCAUGUUGUAUAAAAACAAAACAACGCUGUGUAUAUAGAGGAACGGCAUUUUUUUUUGCGUUAAUCCUUCAAGGUUGCAUGCAUUUUUUGUCUAAGAUUUAAAAACUAACAUUUAACCCUUAGCCUGCUGGCGGCAAGUGAUUCUGCCUUUGCGACCAGUGCAGACCAAGAUCAGCCUGCACAUCCAUGCAGUCUGAUCAUGGUCUGCACUGUUCGCCAUUCAGUCAGUAAAUUUUCAGUCAACACCCCUUCAAAUAAUAAAUGGUAUUGCCCAAAUUGAAUGAUGGACCAGUCCAUUUUAGAAAUUUAGCAGGGUAAGGGUUAAAAAACAUUUUAUGUCACAGUACAAUACAAUUAUUAGAAGGGAAAAAUCAAAUACUUCAUGGCAAUCAUGGGUUCAGUCGAUACAUGAAUCUUUAUCUUGUUGAUUUCUCUUGUAUGCGACUCGCUCGUUUACAUAGCUUUGUCUUGCCACCAUAUUGUGUUCAUUCGAUGAAUAAAGUAGUCAUGAGA